AUGGAAGAUUUGGAGCGAGCGACGAAGACCGGCACAUUCAUCGGUGGCUUAUAUCCUCUGAAAUCCAAGAAGACGUACUAUGCAUACGUGGAUGUGCGUGUUUUAGAAUUGUAUAAAUCGGCGAAAGAUUUAAAGAUUAAGAAGGAGCCGAAAUAUUUGUUCGAUCUCGCAAUAGUAUUCAAUGAGGAUCCGGCGAAGGAGAAGUGGAUAUGCCUGAUGAUGCCUGACGAGACUUUUCUCAUGCAUUUCGAGGAACCUUCAGAAUUCAGUGUGUGGAUUCAGAUGCUUAUUUUGAAAGUUCGACGUGCUCGAUCCAUUCGUGUAGGAACCGAACUCGAUGAUCAGUGUAUCGCUUUAUUUGACGUAAUGAUUGCCGAUAAGUUGCAGUAUGCUUGGGAUAUGGAACCGGUGAGGAAGCCAAAAUUUCGAUGGAGGCCCAAAAGAGAGGACCCAGUGGCGGAUAUUGUUGAUAAAUAUGCUGAUUUUCUGCUUGGAAAGAAAAGGUAUACACAUCGCUGUUUUAGAAAUUUCUCUAAAGUUUUAGAAUUUUUAGAAGCUAAGUGCCGUUUCUCCCCUCAGUCGACUCCUCUUUUUUUCUUCCCAUCCUUCUUGUCUUGCAUAAUUUUUAGUUGA